AUGGAGGCCGCUUCAGCUCGCGCAGCGGCUCGCGACCGUUGGGGCGAUCUGCCAUCAUCUGGCAGAACCCCCUCCCAGCUCCAGCGCUUCAUCCAGGCUGCCUGCAGUCCCGAGAACUACGAACCCAACCUCGCCCUCAAUCUCGAGAUCGCCGACCUUAUAAACUCAAAGAAGGGAACUGCUCCUCGCGAGGCUGCUACUGCAAUCGUCAACUACAUCAAUCAUCGCAACCCCAACGUGGCUCUGCUCGCCUUAGGCCUUCUUGACAUAUGUGUUAAAAACUGCGGAUACCCCUUUCACCUACAAAUCGGCACAAAGGAGUUCCUCAAUGAGCUCGUCAGAAGGUUCCCCGAACGGCCGCCAAUGCGCCCUACACGAGUCCAGGCCAAAAUCCUCGAGGCGAUUGAGGAAUGGCGAGGGACGAUAUGCGAAACGAGCCGAUACAAGGAGGAUCUAGGAUUUAUUAGGGACAUGCACCGAUUAUUGAGUUAUAAAGGAUACGUCUUCCCUGAAGUGCGGAGAGAGGAUGCUGCUGUAUUGAACCCCAGUGAUAACCUCAAGUCCGCCGAAGAAAUGGAAGAGGAAGAGCGAGAGGCGCAAUCAGCUAAACUUCAGGAACUCAUUCGUCGCGGCACCCCCGAGGAUCUCCAAGAAGCCAACCGACUUAUGAAGAUCAUGGCUGGCUACGACACACGGUCAAAGACCGACUACCGCGCAAAGGCCGCUGAGGAGGUUGCCAAGAUUCAGGCUAAGGCGCGAUUACUAGAGGAGCGACUCGACUCCUUCAAGGAGGGCGACAAGAUGGAAGAUGGUGAUGUCUUCAGCGAAUUGGCUGCUGCCCUACAGAGUGCACAGCCUAAGAUCCAGAAGAUGUGUGAAGAGGAAUCUGACGACCACGAGGCUGUCGCCAAGUUGCUCGAGAUCAACGACAGCAUACACCGAACAGCAGAGCGGUAUAAGCUGAUGAAGAAGGGUGAUAUAGAGGGCGCUGCAAAGGUUGCCGCUGGUGGGCCUCCCCCCUCUGCUGCUGGAGCUACAGCAUCGUCUUCAAGCGCAGCGAAUGAGCUGUCUCUCAUCGACUUUGAAGUUGAUGCCAGCAGUAAUGGCGCUCAGCCAAACAAUGCCGCUGUGCCCUCUGCGAGCGCUGGGGGCCUUGAGAAUGACCUCCUCGGCCUAGAUAUUGGUGGAGAGUCGAGCAGUUUCGGGCAAGGCGGCGGUAUUGCUUUGGGCUUUGGCGCAAACCAAAAUAUUCCUGGUCCUGCGUUAUUAUCUUCCAUGACCCAGGACAACUCUGCCCGAGGUCAACCCGUCUCUCAAUCGACGACACCUCAGCCUCGCUUCCAACAGCAGCCUCCUCCCCCAUCACAGCCCGCCUCCGAUCCAUUCGCUAUUCUUGGUGCUGGUAACUUUAACUCUCAACGUGCAUCUCCUGCGCCCCCUCAACCACAACCCGCUCCUACAGCCAACGAUGAUGACGAGUGGAACUUCUCCUCUGCCCUACCCCCAGAGCCAAGCAAGCCCAAGGAGCACCAGGCUGUUGUGAGUAACACAAAUGUGAAGAUUGAGAUGAUUGCCAGGCGAGCACCUGGCAAUGAGAACGCUAUUAACAUCGUCUUUGCCUUUUCCAACAACGUGACACAGCCCAUCGGCGAAUUUCACUUCCAGCUCGCCGUGACAAAGGGCUACGAACUUCAGCUCAAGCCUCAGACUGGUCGCGAUCUUGCCCCCCAGCAAAAUCGCGGCAUCACGCAGGAGGUGCAGAUCUGGCACGCGGGCAACCGGGCUCAAAAGGUCACAAGCGCCAAGCUGCGGUGGCGUGCCUCAUAUAAGACCGGCGAACAAACCGUCAACGAGAUGGGUGAGGUCACCGAGUUCAGCCUCGCAUAA